AUGAAGUCCGAACUCAUCUCUGCAUCCGCGACACGCCGUUGGCUGCAGCCCAUUGCAGACACAUCCAAUCUUCGGAACGGCGUCGGCCGUCCGUGGGAGAUCUACCAUGCGGGCCAGUACGCAAACUCGACCGUGCUUGACGUCUUUACGAAGAAUGGUUAUGCCGGAGCCUAUGCGAGCUACUUUGGACUGUCGCCAGACUUGGGUGCAGGAUUCGCCAUCUUGUCCCACGAUACCAGUGGCACGGCUGCUGAUCUCAAUGCCUAUGCUGACAUUGUUUCCUUGGCCUUACUGGACCUGGAGGCGUUGGCAGCUGCGGAAGCCGCGGCGUACUACAGCGGAAACUACACCGGCCAAUCUGGAAAUGGCGACACUGCUGUUAUCCAGUCGCCCAGCGAUGGCUAUGGCUUUGUGGUUGCAGAUCUCGUUGUCGACGGUAUUGACUUGCGCAACCAAACAGCUUUUGCGGCCAAUAUUGAACUGGAGAACCUUGACUUCCGCAUCUAUCCGAGCAAUGUAGUUCAGGGCACAAAACAUCUGUUUGUAGCCGUUUUCCAGGACAAGAAAGCACCUGUCGACGCCGAUACGCCCACCUGCAUCACCUGGCAGGAAGUGGGAUCACUCGGCGAGAAUAUUGCCGACCAAUUUAUUUUCGACACUGACAGAACAACUGGCCUUGCACAGAGCCUGUCAGUUCUAGGCAGACGGUCGACAUUGAUGCGGGGAGCAUCCUAA